AUGUUUGCAAAGCAAAGCAAUUUUUCCUUAAAAGUAUACAUAUUAAAACAUGAAGAAAUAACCUUACUGAUUGAGGAUGAGGACGAGUUAGAAAAUGAAGUAAAAUUUUCUACAGAAUUUAAUCUAGUAUUCAAAAGUGAAAUUUCUAAAAUUAAUAAAGAGUUAAAGAAACUCGACAUUAAAACUGACUGCAAUAGUAAAUUUAGUAACUUUAAAAACAAGACAGUAAAAUUACCUGUUUUAAAAUUAGAUAAUUUUGAUGGAGAACCUGAAAAGUGGACAUCUUAUUUUGAAUGUGCUAUAGAUAUGAACAAUGAUCUGUCAGAAAUUCAAAAAAUGACUUAUCUUCGAAACUUGCUAAAAGGUUCAGCUUUGUCAUCUAUUUCAGGUCUCAGUUUAUCCAAUGAAAACUACAAAAUAGCUUUAAACAUCCUUAAGGAGCGUUAUGAAAAUAAGCAGAAUAUGAUAUCAUUCCACAUGAGAAAACUACUGUCAUUUGAAAGAGUGCAUAGUUUAAAUAGAAUUGAAAAAUUAAGACAUUUAUUAGUUAAUAUAGAAAUACAAAUAAGGAGCCUCGAAACUCUUAAAAUUACAAGUGAAAUAAACUCCCGUCAAUUUAAUUACAGUAAGAAAGCUAAAGAAAAUUCAUACUUUAAUAGAAAUAAUCCAACAAAUAUACCACAAUUUAUCAAAUGCCUUUUUUGUGACAGAUCACAUAAAUCACAAUACUGCAAAUUUAUAACAGACAUUGAAAAUAGAAAACGAAUAAUUAGUGAAAAACAUCUGUGUUUUAAAUGUUUAGGAAGUGGUCAUACAUCAAAGAAUUGUAAAUCUAGUAUCAAAUGUUUUAAAUGUGGUAAUCAGCAUCAUAUAGCACUUUGUCUAGAAAAACAGAAUAGUGAAUUACAAAAAGGUAAACUAACAGCCAUUUCAGUUAACAAUAAUCAGUCCAUUUUACUCCAAACUGCUUCCACUGAUGUAUUUGACAUAAAUGGCAGACUACAUAAUUUCAGAAUACUUUUUGACAACUGUUCGCAGCUUAGCUACAUAUCACCUGAUUUGUGUCGCAAAUUAAAACUUGAAUGUGUAGGAAAAAAGAAUAUUAACAUUAAAACAUUUGGAAAUAAUAGCAGUAGAGAAAAUCUAGAAAAAGUUGAGUUAAAAAUUAAAUGCUUAUUUGGAAAAGUUAUAAAAAUUAACUGUUAUGUAAAAGAUAUUUGUGCGCCUCUCAAUGGACAAUAUAUAAAUCUCGCUAAAAAGAAGGGAAAUUAUUUUGAUCCAAUUGCCAUUAAAUCUAAGCUAGGUUAUUUAUUAAGUGGUCCUAUUAAUGUUAAUAAUAUGUUUAAGAAUAAAAAUUAUAAUUGUUGUGUAAAUACAGCUCAUGUCAUAUUUGUUGAAUCAAACUCAUCUCCCAAUUCAUUAAUUAAAGAAUCCAUGACAUCUGUAUGGGGUGUUAGAGAGAUGAAUGAGUGUAACUAUGAGGUCAUUGAUAGGUUUCGUCACACUAUUAAAUAUGAUAAUACCCUCAAACACUAUAAUGUUAACUUGCCCUUUAAAGAAGAUCAUCCUCCACUUAGUGAUAACUUUGAUUUAUGUAUCAAGCGUUUUAAAGGUCUUCAAAAGAAAUUGAGUAAAGAUGAUUCUUUACUUAAAUUAUACAAUGACAUUUUUAAAGAACAAUUACAGAACAACAUUAUUGAACGAGUUAUUGAUAAAAACAAAUUUGAAAAAGUACACUACCUACCGCACCAACCAGUUCUGAGAAAUGACAAAGUUACUUCUAAAAUUACAUUAUCUCCUGAAGAUCGCGAUUACGUCCGAUUUUUGUGGUUCAAGAACAUUAACGCACUUAAUAAAGACAAUAUAUUUAGUCAAAAAAUUAUUCCAUAUAGAAUUUGCAGAGUUCUGUUUGGCGUUACAUCUUCUUCCUUUCUUCUUUCUGCUACACUCAUUACUCACGCUGAAAAGUACCUCUCUGAUGAUCCUAUAUUUGUUAAUAAAUUAAUGAAUUCUUUACAUGUCGAUGAUCUGAACUCAGGAGCUGACUCAAUUGACUCAGCCAUUAAUUUUUAUCAAAAAUGUCAAGAUCGAUUAAAAGAAGCUGGCUUUACUCCUAGAAAAUUCGAAUCGAACUGCAAACAACUUGAAAACGUAGUUAAUGAACAAAACUUUACCUCCUUUAAUCUUACUAAAGUAUUAGGCUUAUUAUGGAAUAAAAAAGAAGACAACUUAAUCUUUGAUUUUAGAAACUUGACACACAACGAUGACUCGAUUCCAACGAAACGUAAAGUUCUUCAGCUUAUUGCAAGCAUUUAUGACCCACUUGGUAUAAUUAAUCCAUUUAUAGUCAAGUGUAAAGUAUUCUUUCAAAAACUAAGUAUCAAAAAACUUAAUUGGGACAGGCCUCUUGAGGGAAAAAUGUUAUUGGUGUGGCAAGCCAUUAUCAAUGACAUUCAAUCCUCUAAACCCAUUAUCAUUCCUAGGUGGUACAAUAAUAAUUAUUCAAAUCAUGUUGUUGACUUGUCAUUGCAUGGAUUUAGUGAUGCCAGUAAUAUAGCAUUUGGUUGUUGUAUAUACUUGUUGUGUUCCUUUGAUGAUGAGCACAAAAUAUGUUCACUUAUAACUGCUAAGUCUAGGAUUGCCCAAAUUAAAAAUACCUCUAUUCACCGACUUGAAUUAAAGGCAGCCCUAUUAUUAGCUGAAACUAUGUCAACUGUUAAAAGAGAUUUAUACCCUGUACUUAAAUUUAAACAAAUAGUCUGUUGGUGUGAUUCUACUAUAGUAUUAAAUUGGAUUAAUAAUAUUGAUAAAGUUAAGCAGCCAAUUUUACAAAAGAGACUUAUAAAAAUUAGAAAAACAUUUGACAUUUUGCAUUGGCGAUAUAUUGAAACACACAACAACCCUGCUGACAUAAUAUCUAGAGGUACAAACUUAAAAACCUUAUCUAGUAAUAAAACAUGGUUCAACGGACCAGCACUUCUUUAUAAUGAUCCAAAGAACUGGCCAAAAUUUGAAUUAAGAAAUGUAAUUGAUAAAAUCGAAGAAAUUACUACUAAUUUAGUUUUAAAUGAACAUUAUUUAGACUUAAGUUCAAUUGAAAUAGAAAAAGCUUUUAAGACAUGGAUUAUAUUCGUUCAAAGAGCAAUAACUACUGAUAAAAAUUUUAAGCAACUGCAACUAGACCUAAACUUAAAAAAUAUAGAUGGAAUCAUACGAUGCAUUGGUCGACUACAAAAUGCACCAAUUACACACGACGCAAAAAACCCAAUAUUCAUACCUCGAAAUACAGAAUUUACAAACUUAGUUAUUUAUCAUUAUCAUUAUUUAGUUAUGCACAACGGCGUUAAAGAAACUUUAAACCAAAUUCGAACUCAAUUCUGGAUACCUAAAGCUCGAAACUACAUUAAAAAAUUGAUUAAAAAAUGUCUUACUUGUAAACGCUUUGAAGGACUGCCUUAUUCAUAUCCUUCUCCCCCUCCUUUACCCUUAUGUUGUUUAAAUACUGAUCAUGCAUUCAAAUUUACAGAUCUUGUUCCGGACACUUCUGCUGAAUCAUGCAUAAGAAGUUUACGGAGAUUUUUUGCGAAACGUGACACACCUUCCGAAAUUCUCUCAGACAAUGGAUCACAAUUCACCUCCAAUCUUACUCAAAACUUUACUUCAUCUCUCGGUAUCACGUGGCAUUUCAACAUCCCCGCUGCUCCGUGGUAG